UUCCCGCCUGUUUUUCGCGUUGAGUUUCUCCUCCAGCUCUGCAAACCCCUCGCCCGCUGCCCUUUCUGCGCCCAUUCCGGUACAGUGGUCUCCUCUCCUUUGCCCUCUUCUUGGGCUUGCCUGGGAUUAUCCAACGCGCUCUCCAUCCAAUAAGAACUGGAGAAGGACCUCAGUGGCAGCGGCAGCAGCGCUAUCGAGGGAAAGGAAGGGCGGAGCUACGGCGCUGGACCGGAGCUUCCUUGACUCUUUAAUUCCCCCAGCGAGAGAGAUCUGCCAGUCAGAGUCAGGGAGGGACGCGUAGCGGCGUGGGUGGCUCCCCGCGCAGGGCAGGAGUAGCUGGCUCGCCCGUCUCUCUCUCUCUCUCUCUCUCCGCAUCCUUUAGAGAAGGGCGGCCGCCUCAAUUCAUCUCCUCGCUUCCCCCCUCACGGCUGGGGUCUCCGAGUCUCGCAAAAUGGCCGGCAGCCGGGAUUGUGCUAGUGAGCAGCUGCAGCAUUGGAAAGAGCAGCGAGGCAGCCAGAAACCAGGUGACUUGACCACCGGAGCAGGAAUCCCAGUGGCAGACAAGUUGAAUACCUUGACUGUAGGUCCACGAGGGCCCCUCCUGGUUCAGGAUGUGGUUUUCACUGAUGAGAUGGCACACUUUGACCGAGAGAGGAUUCCUGAGAGAGUUGUGCAUGCCAAAGGAGCAGGAGCUUUUGGCUAUUUUGAAGUGACUCAUGAUAUUACUAAAUAUUGUAAAGCAAAGCUGUUUGAGCACAUUGGAAAAAGAACUCCAAUAGCUAUUCGAUUCUCCACUGUUGCUGGAGAAUCAGGUUCAGCUGAUACAGUUCGUGAUCCUCGAGGCUUUGCAAUGAAAUUCUAUACUGAAGAUGGCAACUGGGAUCUUGUGGGAAACAACACUCCCAUCUUCUUUAUUCGUGAUGCAAUGCUGUUUCCAUCCUUUAUCCAUACCCAAAAGAGGAACCCACAGACUCAUCUGAAAGAUCCAGACAUGGUAUGGGAUUUUUGGAGCCUUCGGCCUGAGUCUCUGCACCAGGUGUCAUUUCUGUUCAGUGAUCGUGGAAUUCCAGAUGGACACCGUCAUAUGAAUGGCUAUGGAUCACAUACCUUUAAGCUAGUAAAUGCUAGCGGAAAGGCAGUAUACUGCAAAUUUCAUGCCAAGACUGAUCAGGGAAUCAAAAACCUUCCUGUUGAAGAAGCUGCUAAAUUGGCUUCUGAAGAUCCCGACUAUGGCCUGCGUGAUCUGUAUAAUGCUAUUGCCAAUGGAAACUAUCCAUCUUGGAGUUUCUACAUCCAGGUUAUGACAUUUGAACAAGCUGAGAAAUUUCCAUUCAAUCCUUUUGAUUUAACUAAGGUUUGGCCUCAUAAAGACUAUCCCCUCAUCCCUGUGGGGAAACUGAUCUUAAACAGGAACGCUGUCAAUUAUUUUGUUGAGGUGGAGCAAAUUGCCUUUGACCCAAGCAACAUGCCCCCAGGAAUUGAACCUAGCCCUGAUAAGAUGUUACAGGGCCGUCUCUUCUCCUAUCCAGAUACUCACAGACACCGUCUGGGACCAAACUACCUUCAGAUUCCUGUAAAUUGUCCCUAUCGAACUCGAGUGUCCAACUAUCAGAGAGAUGGAUUUAUGUGUAUGGGUGAGAACCAAGGUGGUGCCCCAAACUAUUAUCCAAAUAGUUUUACUGGCCCUGCGGAUCAACCCCAUUUGAAAGAGAGUCGCACAUUUAUUUCGGGUGAUGUGCAGCGCUUCAACAGUGAAAAUGAGGACAAUGUGUCUCAAGUACGAGACUUCUAUACCAAAGUCCUGAAGGAGGAUGAACGCAAAAGGCUUUGUGAGAACAUAGCUGGCCAUCUUAAGGAUGCUCAGCUUUUCAUCCAGAAGAGAGCGGUGAAAAACUUUACUGAUGUUCAUCCUGAUUAUGGUGCACGCAUUCAAGCUCUCCUGGACAAAUACAAUGCUAAAGGAGGCAAAAAGGAUUGUGUUCAUACCUAUACUCAGACUUCAUCCAGUCUUCUUUCAAAAGAAAAAUCUAAUUUGUAAAUUACAUCAUCUAGAUUACUUGGUCCCAUUGGCGCUCACUUCGUCCCAUGGGAUUUAAGUCCGUCCAAUGGGAAAAUAAGCUGUGGAAGAUCUUUAACAAACAUGAUAAAUGUACUCAUAUUGCAGAAGUGCAUCUUGGCUAGUAAUUGCAAUGUCAAACCAUUAAAAAUUACAUUUGCAGUUGAAAACUAAAUGAAUAAUAACCAUAUGCCUUUAACGUUAUCGGUCUAGAUUGUUAAAGCUGAAUCUAUGCUAGCAAUACUUUUAAGUAGUAUGGUUGAAGUGUAUGCUAAAGUUCUGUUUCCUCUUGCAAAUUUUAAUCAAAAUUGGUGCUUUUAAAAAAAAAUUCUUGUAACUGAUUUUAUAUCUAUUUACUAAAGGGUUCUUACCUAAUGCUGUGAUAUAUUUUUCUGGCCAUGCUGGCAUCACAACCAGCAUGGUAUCGCAACCAAUAAAUAAAACUCUUAUUCUAUAGGUAUUGACAAAUGAGCAUGUUCAAAAAGAGAAAAGUUCAAAUAUGUAAUCACUUCUUGAUUAAAAGCCAUAUAAAUUUGCAUAAUGCAUUUGAAAAUCGUCUCUAAAAUUCCUCUUGGAAAAUUAUAUGAAAUAUGAGUUUUGGCUUGUACUGGUGCUAAAAAUUUAGCUUGCCCUCAUUUUUUUAAAUGUGGGAUGGAUUCCAGCAGCUGUUUGGAACACUGAAUUUGAGAAUGGAUUUUGAAUCUUACUUAUGAUGCAAAUUCAAAAUAAAAGUGUAUAUCUUCUAAACACCA